UCCCGGCCCGUUCUGUCCGGGUUCCAUGUCUGUAGACGCCCCGGCGCCCUCCGUACGCCCUCCGUGCGGCCUGCCGGCUGGCGCGUUGUGGCGUCUCCCGGCGGGCGCCGCCCGGCUUGAGGCAGCCCGGGGUCAUUCCGGGCUGCUGUCCCCGGGGGCCGUGCCCAGCCCCGCGCCCCUUCUAUCGGCGUGUGCCCUGAACUUCGGCACAGUGCUGAGCCGCGCAGUGCCCGAGCCUGUAGUGAAGGCAGGUAACCGCUCCGGCUGCUGGUAACGGGGAAGCGGGGCAACAGCAGCUCCUCCGUCCCGAUAAUGAAUUGUUGGAGAAAUUUAAGGGAUUGUGCCUCUCCAGCGGUAAAAUUUCUCCAAAGUAUUUACCAUAAAAAAGUCCAAGCUACUAAUACAAACUGUGAAGUGACUGCUGAUGUGAGACAUGAUGGAUCUGAACCAGUUGUAGAUGUUACGUUUGCUGAUGGAGAUCGACUGAUAAUGAAAGGAGCCCACUUGACGACAGGGGAAAUGUUAACAGCAUUGGCAUCCAGAUGUAAUGUAAAAGACCUUAAGGAAGAACAGAAAAGCAAGAAGAAGAAUCCCUGAAGAAUGGAAAAACAACUGUGUUUGCAUCGACAUGUGUUAGAAACAGCAGGCUGCACAGAAGGCUUUUUCCUAUGCAACAAAAUCUGAGAGAUGGCCAAAAGACUUUAAAUGUUCCUGCCUUCCCUUGAAAGAGAACAUACUAGAUCAACAGAUCUAACAUUAGUGGUUCAAAGUGGCAUAAGAUGCAUGAAUGCAUCUUUCUAAGCAGCUGCAUGUUGGACUAGUAUCACAUGUAUUUGCAUUUCAAUGUGAAUAAUGCACAUUAGCUAUUAAAUUAAUAUUACAAUGAA